UUAGGCUUUUCACCGGCAAAACACCGACACACUCCCUUUCCCUGUAACCGGGGAAUAAACACAGAGCGGCGGCAGGAGCAGGAUUGACCUCCCCCGGUGCGCACCAUCCAUGGUCCUCCCCUGGAUGUCUGUCUGACAGGAGGGUUGCUGUUACUUUGCUGAAGAGACAGAGACAGGCCCCGAGGUGAAGAGAGCGAGAUAGGAGUCUUCCUGGACAGCAGGGGCAGCAGCAGGCAUGCAGGAAUCAGCCUCGGACAGCAAGAUGGCCAAACAGGAACAGAACUCCAAGCAUCUGGAUGAAACAGACGACAUGUCGGAGAAGACGUCCCCAAACAAGAACCUCAAAUCUCCACAGAAAGGCUCCAAACGACUUAAAACUGCCCCCUUCAAAAUGACCCUGCUGGACUCCUCCGAGUUUGAAGGCGAAAUUGAGAAACACUCCAAAGGACAGACCCUGAUGGACGUAGUGUGUGAGCACCUCAACUUGUUGGAGAAGGACUACUUUGGUCUGACCUUUGCCGACACAGACACCCAGAAGAACUGGUUGGACCCCUCCAAGGAGAUCAAGAAGCAGAUGCGCAACUCUCCAUGGAACUUUUCCUUCGCUGUCAAGUUCUACCCUCCAGACCCGUCCCAGCUCACUGAGGAUAUCACCAGAUACUACCUGUGUCUGCAGCUGAGGGAUGACAUGCUGUCAGGUCGACUGCCAUGCUCGUUCGUCACUCACGCCCUCCUGGGCUCCUACACCGUUCAAGCCGAGCUGGGAGACUACGACCAGGACGACCACGGCUCAGACUACAUCAGCGAAUUCCGCUUUGCCCCCAAUCAGACUCGCGAGCUGGAGGAGAGGGUGAUGGAGCUCCAUCGAAACUACAAGGGGAUGACUCCAGCAGAGGCUGAAAUUAACUUCUUGGAGAAUGCGAAGAAACUGUCUAUGUAUGGGGUGGACCUCCAUCAUGCUAAGGAUUCUGAAGGGAUUGACAUAAUGCUUGGUGUCUGUGCCAAUGGCCUCCUGAUUUACCGCGAUAGGCUGAGGAUCAACCGCUUCGCCUGGCCAAAGAUCCUCAAGAUCUCCUACAAGAGGAGCAACUUCUACAUCAAGAUACGACCAGGAGAGUAUGAGCAGUUUGAAAGUACAAUCGGUUUUAAGCUUCCUAACCACAGAGCAGCCAAGAGGCUGUGGAAGGUCUGCAUUGAGCAUCACACCUUCUUCAGGCUGGUGUCUCCGGAGCCUCCUCCGAAGGGCUUCUUGGUGAUGGGUUCAAAGUUUCGAUACAGUGGAAGAACACAGGCUCAAACAAGACAGGCCAGUGCUCUUAUAGAUCGGCCCGCUCCACACUUUGAGCGUUCUACCAGCAAGAGGUACCUGCUGUCCAGGAGCUUAGAUGGAGCAGAGUUCUCACGGCCGGUUUCAUCCAUGUGUGAGAACCACGACGGCCUAUCCCACCGCAGCGUCAGUGAGCGGGGGCGCCUCCACAGCCCCUCGGUGGACGAGCAGGAGACCGAGCUGGAGCCCAGUUUGGAGCAGGACGAGGAAGACAAGGACCAAGAGCGAGACAAGGACACGGAGCAAGACGAGGAUGGCGACGUCACUCCGAGCAGAAAGAAAGAGUUCAUGGAGGAGGCUGGGUCACCAGUUGACAGUAAACAGGAGCUCUCUCAGUUGGACCAGGAGGCAACUCCUCGGCACAAACAGGAGUUUCUGGAUAAGUCGAAGGACGUCUUGCUGAAGCACCAGGCCAGCAUCAACGAGCUGAAGAGGACCCUGAGGGAGCCUAACAGCAAGCUGUCGAUCCGAGAGAAACGCCUGUCAGCCUCCUCCCCAACCGGCACGCCAGAGAAGAAGGCUUUGGUGGGCCGAGCAGUGGGAAAGGACCCUGUUAACAGCCUGUCUGUUGAGGGUUUCGUCCAGAAGACUCUGGUGACUUCACCUGAGGGCUCUGAGGAGUGGGUAUUGAUUGAAAAACAAGAAACUUAUCAGCAGGACCAUGACUGGAAGGCAGAAGAAAAGAACAAAUCCCUCACAUCUGAUUCCUCGUGGGAGAAAAAGGAGCUGGAAAAAGAGAUAGACGUUACGAAGAUGAUACAUAAAGAGGUAACAGGGUAUGACAGAAAAGAAAUGAAAAGCCAUAUUGAUGAAUUUCCAUCAACAAAAUCAUCCAGAGAGGCAGAUGAAUGCUUGGAGCCGUGGCCGACGAGCAAAAGCCGUUUUGAGAUUCAAUUAUCUGAGAAUGUGGACUCAUUUCAAGGCAAAUCUCAAAGUAAACCAUCUCAAGCCUCAGACCCUGAGGCAAACAAAGAUGUGGCCCCGGGCUCACGCCAGAUAAAAGAACGCACAGCUUCUAAACCAAGGAAAAAGAGGAGACCCCAGAGCUUAAACCUGGGAAUACCUGCCGAUCUCAUCUACAGAAAAGGAAGCGAUUCUACUGAGGAAGAAAAUGAGGGCUCAGAUUCGGACAACAGUCCUGAAAAAAACUCUAAAACAGGAAAUCAUUGUGAAUCAUCCCCGGUGGAGAUGAUGAAAGAUGAUCAGGGAUCAGGAAAGGAUCAGUCUGUGAGGCUCUAUAAAGAUAACCAACAGGAGGAUACAUCAAAAGGAGAAAGCAGGGAGAUCUCCUCUCAAGGAAUAGAGCAGGUAAAGAGAAAAGUGAGUCCGCUCGGACCAACUGAUAUCGAUUUAGGCUCAGUGAACGGACCCGGAAAGAUAGAACAUGAUAGUUCAUUAGCAGGUGUUAAAGGGGAGUGUGUAAAGAGGGUGCGAGGGCGGGGCCUUAUUGACAACAAAGAGCUAGCUGAGGUAAAGCUGCGACAGGUGAGGACGCAUGAGAGGAAGAUCAGUAGUUCUGGGGGAGACGAUAUUGAGGGUUUCAUGGGAGACAGAGGUCAGAGGACGUCUCUGCACCGACUGUCAGGCAGCAGCUACCAGUCGGAAAUGUCCAGGAUUGUUCCUCUCAAGCCAGAGCGGUCAAAGAGUGUAGCAUGUAAGGAUGAAAGGGACAGGACAGGACAAGACGAGCCCACACGGAUCAUGAGAAGAGAAUACCGCUGGUCGGUGGGCUCUCCGGAGGGAUCCUCAGACCUCGCCUGGACUGAUUCUUCCGCCUUCCAUCCAGCAUUCGCUGCAGAUCUGGAGGCUAAAACAGAACAUCCGGAUGAUAGCUAUCAGCCUGGUAGAGGACCGACAGAGAGUCAGUCGUUCUGCUCAAAGAUUUCAGCGCUUCCCAAAAUGGCUCCCCCAGUCCCGCCAGUGAAAACACAGAAGGCCCGGGAGUCUGGACUAAUACUGCGGAACAGCCGAAAUGCCGGCAGGGAGCCGAGCCUGGACGCAGCCAAGAAGAGACACUCGGAGCCUGUCUCUACUCCUGCCAUUUAUGAAGAGCCGUUUGCCGAUUUCAAGAAGGAGCUCGGGGACAGGAGGCCUCAGCCGAUUGUAGCCUCAGAGGAGGAGCAGGAGCGGGACACGGUGGCCUGCAUGAGGGAAACCCACCUGGGCAUCGAGCGCAAGUGCUCCAGCAUGACAGUGAGCUCCACCUCCAGCCUGGAGGCUGAGGUUGACUUCACCGUCAUCAUGGACCUCCACUCUGGCACGGAUGACUUCUCUAAGGGCAUGGCAGAGCUGGGAGAGAGGGAGCGACAGCCUGAGGUGGGCCGGGAGGACUUUGAGGAGACCUCCAGGUUCUACUCUGCCCGUUUAAUGGGCUCCAGGGACAAGUCUCCCAUAGAGGAGAAGCUUCCUGAGGAGAGGACACAUCAUGAGCCUCCUGUGGCAAAGAAAGACCCCAGUGCAGUGAGCAUGGCCCAUUUGCUGAAGAGGGCUGACACCAAGACGGAGACACAUACGAAUGGAUCAGAAAUUCAUUCCAACAUUGUGAAUGCCUCACCACAGAACUAUGGUGUUGUCAGCCCGCGGGAAGCUCCUGCAGCCCUUAAAGAAAAUGGCUCCCCUGUAAAAGCUGGAACCCAAGGGAGGGAGUCUGUUGUGUCCCCGCUGACCAUCACCACUGAGAGUGUCACCUCAGCAACCACAACUCAAGUUACCAAGACGGUGAAAGGAGGCUACUCAGAGACCAGAAUCGAGAAAAGGAUUAUAAUCACAGGAGAUGAUGAUGUGGACCAACAUCAGGCCCUAGCCAUGGCGAUCCAAGAGGCCAAGCAGCAGCACCCGGACAUGCUGGUGACAAAAGCAGUGGUUAUCAGGGAAACAGAUUCUCCCACUGAGGAGCUGCAGCAACAACAAGCAGAGUCCUGAUCGGCCAUGGUGGCUCCUGAGACGGUGGCGACAGGAGGAUCCUCCAGCUGUGUGUCUCCUGCCCCGCCCAGCAGUACGCCACCACCCACAGCUGAGGACUCUCUACCCCGCCUGUGUAAACACUGACACGAGAACAGACUGCGUUCCAUGAAGCAGUAGACCUCCACUCCUGUCCCUUUAGACAAACCGACUGUGACUCAGCCUCUGACCCGACCCCGGCCUCCUGCUUGUCCCAUCCCAGCCCUCCACCUCCUCACGGAACAGGAUGCGUCUUCUUUCAGAUGAUUUAUUGGUUUAUUCAGGUGGAUCAAUGCGAGAUUGAAAGUUAAACCCGGUCACAGCUAUUUAAAAAAAAGAGUUAUUUGUCUGAAACUGUAAUUGCAUAUUAUUUAAUAUAUUACAUUUUAAACUCUGAAGCUCGUUUGAAUCAAUGAGUUUUCAUCCACAACCCCAACAGCCCCAAUACCCUUCCUUCACAAACAAUUUGUUUUAGUUGUAAGGUCCCAAACACGUAUGAAAUAAAUAAGAAAUAAGAUCAUAGGAGGCUUGAGUGAAGGGGUGGGGACAAUGCUGGUGGUUGGGUGGGGCGCGGAGGUUGGCGCCAAGUGGCAAGAGGCAGCCUUUUGCUCAAUGUUGCCACCUCCUGGCCGUGACACCUUCAGUAUAAUCAACAGCUGUCUUAUUAGCUUUUUACAUUUUUAUCUAUAGAGGAUCUAAUUUAUGUCCAGUGUUUGCUUGUUUAUGAAAUAUGUAUAAUAUCAGAUGAUUAUAAUCUGCAUGAUUCAAUUAAAAAAUAGCAGAGGGAAUGACAAAAAAAUAAACACAUGAACAUUUUCACAUUUGAGAGCCAUGCGAAGCUCUAAGAUGAUGGGACUGAGCACCUCCAGAGAAACUGUAUAAAUCACUGGGCCAGUGAGUAGUGGACACACAGUGAUGAUGAUGAUGGAGUCCACUGAAGAAGGACACAUGUGUAACACUUCAGUGGACAGCUCUGCUUUGGUACCAGUCUCCAACAUACAAACAUCUCUGUCCUCAUCCCGUUCCCCUGCUCACUGUUACCGCUUUCAUUUUGUGGUCAACUCGCCAUCUGCAUAAAGAAAUGCUGGUCACAAGUUUUGGGCACAGUUAUAGGAUUUUUAGAGAUAUUUUAUUAUAAAUAAUGUUUUAUCUAAUAAGUUUCAGAAAUGUGCUGAUAUGUUUUCAUUUGACUUUACUGACUUCCAUCAUGAAACAGAGUUUGGAUGUUUUUCUUGUGUUUUUGGACGUUUCAGCUUAAUUUCUCACCCAGAACUUGAAAGUUGUGAUUCAAUGAAGAGAAAUACAAUGAAUUGGUAGACAGGCCUGUGGUCUUUUUUGUUGUGCCUGUGAUAUCAGAAUGUCUGUAUUUUGUUCAUUCAACUUUGAAAUCAUUUGUGAUGCAAAAAUAUUCAUCAUAGAGGGUCUAAACAGCAAUUUCAAAGAGCAAUUUAAAACGGAACGGCAAUCAGAGAGUGCAUACCUCCACCAAGACUGAUGGUGCGUUCAAAUGCUCGUCGGAUUAUCCCAUUCCCCGAAUAUGGAAGUUGUACUGUACAUUUUUUCAUAUUUGUAUUUUAUUAUUAUUUAUUGUGUUAAAACAACAUGUUGAUAGCUGUUUCCAGUAUUUGUGUGACAACUAGUGAUGUGCUAAUGAAGCCUAAUGAACCUUUUUAUUUACCUCCUGAGCCCACUCUCUGUUCAACAAAGGGCUGAAUACACAAUGGAUUACCAUUGCUUGAGCCUUUUUCUUAAAACCACGAGGGCCAUCUAGUGGGUUCAGAAAAUAAAGAAAAUGGUUCAAGAGGCUUCAUUGACACAUCAGUAGUGAUAACAAAGAGCAAAGGAAAUCCAUUAAAGGAACCAUUAAAUUAGAUCAGGAUCUCAUUAUUCCAAUUAUUCCAACAAAAUUUAAAUGCAGCACAAAUGCCCUGUGUUAUAAUGUUAACGAAAGUGAAAAAAUAAUCUGACCAGUAAUUCAGAUCCAAUGUAAAAUGUUCUUCCUUGGCCCAUGCUCCACCUUUCCACCAACUUUCGUGAAAAUUGAGGCAGCAGUUUCCCUGGAAUCCUGCUGACAAACAGACAAACUGCACCAAAAAUAUGAUCUCCUUGGACAGGGUAAAAAUUUAUCCUCCAGUUUUAAAUCAUGUGCAUGUUCACAAACUCUGCCUGAAACGUUGAAACCCACAAGAUUAACAUGGGUACUUAUUUGUUUUUUUGUUGUUGGAUUAACUCUUUUAAGUUAUGGUGUAUGAGUUUGUAAUUGUAUUUAUAGGAGUGGUGUAUGUGAGCCCUGUUGUUUUCCUCCCUGUUCCCCUGACAGACAAAGCCGAGACUCAUAGUGUGACAUACAUGAAGCGCCGUCUAUCCACCAGAACCUGUCACACAACAUAUAUCCUGGAUGACCUUUAAUAAUAUACUAUGCAUCACUUAUCAUACAUACGAAUCCCUCUGAUGGAGCCUGACCCAUGUUAGCCGUGUUGCUGUCAUUCGUGUGCUACUGUUAACCGAAGCAGUGAAGCGCACUGCUUUUGAGAUUUGCAAUAAGCAGCCAUUAUUCUUAUCCUCUAAAGGGAGAAAACUGUGAACUCUCAUGUGUACCGAAGCGUAACCAAAACCUAUAACACAGUUAGUGAUAUUCAAAGGAGCUUUUUAAACACUUGUGACCAUGGCUUUGUCGCCCUCGUUGUCUAAUCCUCCCAUCCCCUGACUUGAAACUGUCCACCUGCUGUUGAUGUGUCUGAGGAAAUGAGAAACUGGUUAUAUGUAUAUUCUAUUUUGCUCUGUUUUAUUUUGAUUUUUUUCUGGUCAUAUGACACUGGACUGUUGUGAAGGCACUUGCUUGCAAUGAUAGCAGCACAUACUGUAAACUGUUGGGAAAAAUGACCUGUCUUUGCUGUAGUAUAGGACACACUACUGAUGGAAGAGAAAUAUCUGUAGGCAUCAGGAGAGAUCUUGUUUACUGUGGGCGAUACUGUGGUGAGUUGAAGGAUGGAGGGCCUGUAUUUAUAUAUAAAUAUCCAUAUUUCUGUGUAUUAUCCUGUAAACUAUGUAGAAACUGAUGGGAGGUUCAAGAGAGGAGGCAGUAAGUAGAAUAGGAAGGACAGCAGUGCAUUGGAAGUGUCACAUGAAUGGGUGCCUUAUGUUUAGAGUCGUGGUUAUGGGAGCAGGAGUUAUCAGCGCUCAGCCCAAAGUGCUGUUAAUCACCACGAGGCAGAUGUAGAAACGACCUCUCCUCUCAGUCCAAGGUGAAGAGCCGUCUUGAAAGUGAAUUACUGUCUUGUAAAGAAAGUGACAUUGAGCGUUACGACAAAGAAGUCUUUCUCUAAAUCUGGACUUUUAAGUCCUCAGCGAGAUGAAAACAUUUAUUGGCCCCAUUAAGGUAGUAAACCAGCAUAGUUCAGAUUAUGGAUAUGAGCUUCUCCCCCGUGAAGAGCGUCAAAGUGCUCCGCUGUUUAGCCUCCAUCUUCAAUUCUCCACUGCCUUUUGCUCUACAUUCCCCUAGUGCUUGGUGGUGUGUAUUUGCUGUAUUUGCAUUCAGUCUAAAUGGAAAACAUACAUGCAUAAAUAAAUGUCUCAGUAUGAUUCAAA